UUCCGUGUGUCUGCGCAGGGGGGUGGAAAGAUUAAAGAUCCUAAGGGUAAAGUUAAAUAUGGUUUUAUUUCUACUAAUCUGUCAACAGUAAGAUUUGCUGACGACUUCAUAGUAUUAGCAAGAUCCAAACGAAUGAUAGAAGAAACGAUUAAACCAUGUGUCGAGAACUUCCUUAAACAAAGAGGACUCUUACUCUCCGACGAGAAGACUAAGAUACUCUCUAUCAGAAAUGGAGAUAAACUUAACUUCUUAGGUUAUACUUUCCAAUACAUUGGUGAAAUCUCUCGUAAAUAUAAGUUAUUCAAUUAUCGUCAAGGACGAGAAGCUAUAGCCUGUUACCCUCAAAAAGGGGAAUAUGAAGCUAUUGUAGAAAAACUAAGAGAGAUGUUUACAAAAGGAUAUAAUUCACCAUCUUAUUCUCUAAUAGCACAAGCUAAUCCUGUCAUAAGAGGAUGAGCUCAAUACUUCAAUCUAGGACAGAGUUAUAAAUUAAGAAAUGAACUUAAUUUCUAUUUAUAUAAAUUUGCCUGAAAGUGAGCUGAGCACAAACAUCCAAGAUGAGGAAGGAUGAAAAUAGCUAGACGGUACUUCUUAGAUACAAUCAGAUCUAUG